AUGAGUCUUUCCUUCAACACCAAAGCAUUCGUGGUGGCAGUGAUGUUUCUUCUCGCCUUGUUAGAAGUAGGGAUUAUUAUGAAUUUGAGAGGGGUUUUUCGAAGAGAAGAGAAUGAUGAUGAUGCUUUUAAAACAUCCCAUCCUUAUUGGAAUAUACCAUCCUCCUUAACUGGUUCCUCUUCAGCAGAGACACUGCACUUGUCUGAAUCUCAACAGCAACCUUCUCAUUCCUCGAGGAAGGAUGGAUUGAAUUCUCUCAUUCAACUCCGAUCGGAACAACAACAACCCUAUUCAAACAAGAAACUAACCGAAUGUCCUUUGGAUGAACCAUUGAAAGUUGCCUUCAACCAUAAAUUUCCAGAGAGUUAUUUUACCAAUCACUUCUCUCAGGAAUCCCAAUGGAAGGAUUCACGUUCUGCAAGAGUCUUCUCUCGAUUAAGGAUCCCUCAAGAAAUGUCAAUUUUUAGAGAAUUCAUCUUGUCAAGAGAAGACAUGGAUUAUUAUCGAACUGUCUCGGAGCCAGCAAAACUUUCUGCUUGGACGGAGGAAAUAUUUUGCAGAGAGCCCACUCGACCCUACCUCAAAGAGCUCACCGAUAAGUGUCGAGUGGGAGCAAAGAGGUCCUUUAAGGAAGGAGGUUAUUGCACCAAGCCCAAUCAAAAGGCAUGGAUUUUAGAAAUUAAUUGUGCAUGGGUCGAUGAGAAUAGUUUUCAUCAGGAUAUUUAUUGGGCCACUUGGACCGAUUCGGGUGAAAUUGUGCAAUCUCAACUCGAGCGUAAAAUGGUUCCAAAAGUGAAAUCCUCUUCCAGGGUUCGAUUCUUUGACUCUCUUGCAUCUCCUGGUUAUAGUGUCUAUCCAGGAGCUCCUGGACAUUUUCCAGUUGAGAUUCUUCCUCGACUUGUUCGAAUGUACAAUGAAAUUCCAAAACAAGUACCUCUGAUUUGGCCUUCGAACCCAUUGGCUAAAAAGUUUUAUCAAUUAAUGAAGGAUCUUGAAGUGAUUGAUGGAACUCGACCUCUCGUUGAAACUCAAUUGGGAACAGUGAUGAGAGCUCGUAAAUUAUACCUCUUUCAUGCGGAUGAUGACAAUUUUCCACACCUGAAUAUUGCCGAAUUUUUGAAUUUGAAUCAAAUGCUCAUUCAGAGUUUAGAGAAGAGAUUUGGUAAACCUCCAAUCACUGCUCACAAAGUCAUCACGAUCAUACAUCGAUUAGGAGCAGGUAGUCGAGUGGUGCGUAACCACAAGGACAUUUUGAAAAGAGUACAAGAGGUAUUUUCUAAAGAUCACACCGUACAAGACUACAUUAUCGAUCAAGAACAAUCUCAACAAAUGAUUCUUGUGGCUAAGAAAUUCUUUGAAUCGGAUAUCAUUCUAUCACCACAUGGAGCAAGUUUGGGAAAUAUCAUCUUUUGCAGACCACAUGUCACAGCCAUUGUGGAGUUUACAUGGGACAAUAAUUCUGACAUGUUUCUUCCAGCAGACUAUAUGUGUUUUUCAAGGAAUUUGAAAUUACGUUAUUCCACGGUUGCAGGAAAAGGAAGACACUCAUCCAUGCUUGAAAUUCCUCCUGAUGAUGUGAUUCAUGCAAUAAGAGAUCAUCUUGAACAUUUACCCAAGUCAUCCUCAUCUCUUUAA